AAAAUUAAAAGAAAAGGUUACGGUUGUAGGAUUCGAACCCUGGUCUUGGGGCAGAAUGCCUUCGACCACUUUACUAAAGAACAAGUUAGACUUCGAAUGGCCCCUGCCACCCUGAGUUUCAUGGCUUGUAAGUAUCGGAACAGCUUCCAAUCCAAAUUAAUGAAGUAGCCCAACAAAUUUAUCUCAGAGAAUGCAUUCGAAAUCCAAAUCAAAAUACUCAAGUUUCAUCGUUCGAUCUGGGGACUCAUUUACAUUUAAAUGACUUCGGUUUAUGGUAGCGAAGAUCGAAGAAAUUGAGGUAAGUUGAUCCCCUGAACACCGACUACGAGAAGUUACGCGGUUUAUGGUCAGAUUGGUCAGCUAUGAAAGCAAGAUAGCAGGGAGGCUGGAGCAAUAUCAGAGAAAUGAAAUUGCCUUUCCUUUGAGUAAUGUUUCCUCUGUACAUUGCAAUGCACGCACGCCAUAUGUUCGAUGAAAUGUCGCUGAGACGAUGCGUCUCAUUGUUGAAGUUAAAAUGGGAUAGCUUCUUUGUGCAAUCCGUCUGUACGCAGCAUCGCUUUUGUUCCCUUCAUUCCACCGUCAAAAAUGGAGCUUCUGUGUCAAAACUGUGUGAAGUGGUUUCAUGCACGAUCGGAGGGUUAGAUGAAUUGGAAGCCACUCUGAACAAGUGCACAGUUUCCUUGACAUCUUCACUCGUUACCCAGGUUAUUGAUUCUUGCAAAAAUGAAGCUCCCAAUAGAAGAUUGCUUAGGUUUUUCUCGUGGUCUCUCAAGAAAUUAAACCACCAUUUGGAAGAUGAAGAUUUCAAUUAUGCCAUCCGCUUAUUUGCCCAGAAGAAGGAUUACACUGCCAUUGAUAUUUUACUUUCUGAUCUCAAGAAAGCUCGCCGCGCAAUGGAUGGCCAGACCUUCGGUCUUGUGGCUGAGGCUUUAGUCAAAAUGGAUAGAGAAGAUGAAGCCCUAGGUCUGUUCAAGAACUUGGACAAGUACAAAUGCCCACACGACCAAUUCACUGUCACUGCUAUUAUCACUGCUCUCUGUGCAAAAGGGCAUGCUAAAAGAGCAGAAGGGGUAGUCCUGCAUCACAAGGACAAGAUCUCUGGCACAAUGAGUUGCAUCUAUAGAAGCCUUCUAUAUGGAUGGUCCAUUCAGAAGAACACUAAAGAAGCAAGAAGGAUACUGAAAGAAAUGAAGUCAGAUGGAACCAUGCCAGAUUUGUUCAGCUACAACACUUUCCUCAGGUGCCUUUGCGAGCAGAAUCUUAAGAAAAAUCCUUCAGGUCUCGUGCCUGAAGCCUUGAAUGUGAUGAUGGAAAUGAGAUCCUACAGCAUUGCUCCCAAUUCAAUCAGUUAUAACAUACUACUGUCAUGUCUGGGCAGAGCCAGGAGAGUGAAGGAAUCAUGUAGAAUCCUCGAGACAAUGAAGCGAACCGGUUGUCGACCCGAUUGCAUAAGCUACUAUCUCGUGGCGAGAGUGCUGUUCCUGUCUGGAAGAUUUGGGAAAGGGUGCAGAAUUGUGGAGGAGAUGAUUGAGGAGGGGCUGAUCCCGGAUCGAAAAUUCUACUAUGAUUUGAUUGGUAUUCUGUGUGGCGUUGAGAGAGAAAAGUAUGCACUUGAGCUGUUUGAGAAGAUGAAGAGAAGCUCAUUGGGGGGUUAUGGUCCAGUUUAUGAUGUGCUUAUACCGAAGCUCUGCAGUGGAGGUGAUUUUGAAAUGGGGAGGCAACUGUGGGGGGAGGCCAUGGCUAUGGGCAUCACGCUUCGCUGCUCAAGUGAUGUUUUGGAUCCUUCAAUCACCAAGGUUUUCAAGCCAACAAGAAAGAUUGACAAUCAAAAUCUUGAAGAAUGCAAUAGAGCUGAGAAGCAGAACAAAGCUGCAACUGACAAAUCAAAGGCAAGGGGAAAGAAAAGUAAGAAUCUGUCUUGAAUUCAAAUCAUUCUAUAGGCCUUCUUAUUCAAGAUUUCUAUAGUAAUUUAUUGAUUCCAUGAGAUAUAUCUAUGCAUAAUGUGCUGAAAUGUAAUAUGCUUUAUAUUCAAA